AUGCAGAAACGCAUAUUGUCAAGAAAUUGUCAAAAUAUGUAUCUGUGUGUUUGCUUAUGUGUGUAUAAACUUUGUUGCCCACUUUUAACUCCAGAACCAAAGUUAGGAGAUGCGUUAGUAGGAAUUUCAUAUUUCAGUUGUCCGCCAGAUAGCUUCUUUUAUUUCUACACGUGUUGCGAUGGAGCGUACUUCGAGUGCUGCAUUCAGUUCGAGCUGUGGUUUCUCAUCUUGGGGUCGGACGAUUGCGUCAAGUUAAUUCAGUUCAUUAAUUACACCACUGAGCAAUUAUGGAUAGCGAAUUCGUUGUGA